AUGAUGCGUACCGUGGUCCUGUUCGUACUGGUGGCUGUGGUGGCCGCUGAACCACCGUUGCGUUUCCGACCGCGUGCUGCCUUUGGAGUGCAGCGUCCAAACACACGUUUCGCAAGGCUUGAGGAAGCACCUCCGGCACAACAGGAACCAGCUGGAUACAAUUAUCCUAAGCCAAUGUCUUCAGGAUAUCACUAUCCCAAGCCGGACCAGGCCUUCCCUCUGCCUGGGGAAGAAAUGCCUCCUGCCUUCACCACCGAAGCAGCACCCGGUGCGGAAACAACGACUCCUGCUCAGGAAGAGCAGCCUACGACUACGGAACCGAGCGAUGCAAUGACCACCACCGCUGCCUAUGAAGAUUACGAGGACUCUACUGCAGCAUUGGAACCAACGGCUGAUGCCAACACAAGUGCCAAGUUGCGCCGUCGACAGCAGCUCAGUGCACGCCGUCCGGCUCCGCUGACAGUUAUCAACCGUCAAGCUCAACGUCUGGAGAACCUUCCUGCCGUGUACGUGAACGAACAGCAGGAACAGCAGCAGUUGGCACGUCCAGUCUAUCUCCUCAAUCUUCCCGAAUCGACCCUUCAGCAGCUGGUUUUGCUUAACAAUGCGCAGCUUGCAGGCCUUCAGCUUGCAGCUCAACCCACCGCCGGCCUUCAGCUUGCGUCCCAACCCACCGUCUACCUGUCCGAGCUGGACUACAUCUACAAGAAGAAGUAG